UCUAUAGGCCGCUAUCUUCCUAAUUUGUUUAUUUCAUACGUUACUGCCGGACAGCUACAAACGCGUUUUUGAAUGUGUAUAGUCUGUAUUGUCAUCGCCAAUAUACUAUUUCAUGAUGUUCGUUGAAGAUAAGUUAUGUAAUAAAAGCAGUAAGAUAGUAAUAAUAGACACAGAUGCUGGAAUAGACGACGCCUGGGCUAUACUAAUGCUUUUAGCAGCUUCUCAGUCUGAAAAUGUGUCAGUAGCUGGCAUAACAUGUGUUCAUGGUAAUGCAGAAGUUGAUCAAAUUUGUUUGAAUGUCCUUAGGACAUUGGAGGCUUCAAAGCGGCCAGACAUUCCAGUUUUUAAAGGCGCUUCUUCCCCAAUAAUUGAGGUUGACCCACACUUUAAAAACUCUUGGAGGCCAUUUUUUGGUGCAGAUGGUUUCGGUUGUGCAGAACACAAAUCUAUGCCUGACCCAAGAUUUGUACAAGAAGAAAAUGGGAUUGUGGCACUGAACAGACUGGUAAAUGAGAACAAAGGAAAUGUUUCUCUGCUGUGUUUUGGUCCAUUGACUAAUGUUGCCCUAGCCAUUCGAACUUUCCCUAGUUUUGAAGAAAAUUUAAAAGAAGUUCUUAUAAUGGGUGGAAACUAUAUGGCUGUGGGUAACUCAACUAACUGUGCGGAAUUCAACUUCCACUUCGACCCGGAGGCUGCUUAUAUUGUUCUCAAUUCAGCAAUCAAACGUAAAGUGUUGGUGCCUUGGGAGACGUGUUGCCACUUGGCUUAUUCCUUGGAAUGGCGUGACAACGUCCUUGGCUCAUGCCAAAAUGGAGGUGUACAAUUUUUGAAUCACGUGGAAAGACCUCUGAGAAAAAAACCGAGCUUUGUGGAUUGGGUUGCUUGUGACCAAGCUGUAGCAGCAAUAUUCCUAGACCCUACUAUAGCCUGUGAGAUUGACAAUGUCUUUGCUACUGUGGAGCUUCACGGACAGCACACCAGAGGUCAAGUAGUCGUGGGACACAAGUUUAAACGAGAACCAAACUUGGCGAUUGUCAAAUCCAUAGACAAGGAACGGUUCACUGAGCAGCUGCUCAAAGUUCAUACGCUUAAAUAAAUAUUUUUGACUUAA